AUGGCGACCUUUACCAAGAUCGCAGAGGAUGCGCGCCCCAGCAUCACAUUGAACCCCUCCCACAUCAUCUCCAAAAUCGAUGACAACGUCUACGGUGGCUUCACCGAGCACAUGGGAAGAUGUAUCUACGGCGGCAUUUACGACCCUGGUAACCCCCUCUCUGAUGAGGACGGAUUCCGUAAGGAUGUCAUUGAGGCAUUCAAAGAGCUGAACUGCCCUGUUGUGAGGUAUCCUGGUGGCAAUUUCGUCGCUACCUAUCACUGGAUUGACGGUGUUGGUCCCAAGGAGAAGCGUCCCAAGAGACCCGAGCUGGCUUGGAUCGGCGUUGAGAGCAAUGAGUUCGGAACAGACGAGUUCAUGAAGUGGUGUGAAGUUGUUGGCGCGGAGCCUUACCUUGCUCUCAACUUUGGUACUGGAACACUCGAUGAGGCUCUGGCGUGGGUUGAGUACUGCAACUCUGACAAGGACACCUACUACGCCAACCUCCGUCGUCAAAAUGGCCGCGAGAAGCCGUACAACGUCAAAUACUGGGCCCUGGGCAAUGAGAUGUGGGGUCCCUGGCAGGUCGGCCAAAUGACCAAGGAGGACUACGCCAAGCAGGCGUACCAAUGGGCCAAGGCGCUCAAGCUUCUCGACCCGUCCUUGGAGCUGAUCCUCUGCGGUGAGACUGGCUUCAGCAGCUGGGACACGUACGUGAUCAAGGAGUGCAUCACAUGGAGCUUGCACGGCCUUGGUGGCAGCACCACUGCGUCCCUGAUCGACAUGCACAGCAUUCACCUCUACACCGCGUCGGAAGACCAUCUGAAGAACGCCACGGCACCUAGGGCAGCCGAGCGCGCCAUUGAGAUUACGGGCAGUCUCAUCGACCUCGCCCGCAUCGAGAACAAGGUACCCCCUACCUGCAAGAGACAGAAGAUCUGCUUCGACGAAUGGAAUGUUUGGGACCCUGUCAGAGCGCCUGGUGAGGAGGGUGGCGAGGAAUCCUACACCCUCUCAGACGCUCUCGCCGUUGGCGUCUGGUUGAACGUCUUUGUUCGUCAGGCCAAGUAUGUUGGCAUGGCCAACAUCGCGCAGUCCGUCAACGUCAUCUCCCCUUUGAUGACCACAAAGGAUGGUAUCACCAAGCAGACCACUUGGUGGCCUCUGCUGCUCUUCAGCAAGUACAUGAGAGGUUCUACCAUCGCCACCCACGUUCGCUCCCCCGAGUACGAAGGCGCUACUGAGCCCAACUGGAUUCGGGGCGCCAUCGAGACCCCUUAUCUCGACGUCAGUGCCACCGUUGACGACAACGGCUUCGUCAAUUUGGCCGUCGUCAACGUUCACGAGACCAAGAGCUUCUCCGUCGAUCUUGAGGGUGUCAAGGAGGGUGCCGAUAUCCAGGUUUACACCGUUACUGGAGAGAACGUCAAGGUUGUCAACAAGGGUGACGAAAAUCCGGUUGGCAUUGCUGAGAGCAAGUGGGACGGCAAGGGCGCAUAUGAGUUCCAGAAGGCGUCUGUCACGCUGCUGAGAUGGAAGCACUAA